AUGCCCGGCGCCGCGGCCGUCGCGGCCGGCCUCCGCCGCUCCCUCUGCACGGCGCGCACCCGCUCGCGCCCGCCGUGGGCCCUCAUCCAGCGCGCGUCGGUGGACGAGUCCGGGGCGCCGGCGCCGGGCGUGACCUUCCGCGCUGUCGACUGCGAGCCCCCGUCCGUCGCCGGCCUCACCUUCCCCGCCCACCUCGUCCACCCGCGCCGCCCCGGGGCCGGCGACGGCGGCUUCGUCUCGGGCCAGGUCGCCGCCGCCAGCGGAGGCCAGGAGGAGGAUGAGGGGGGCUUCGUCAUGCGCCGGUUCCUCUCGGAGACGGGGAAGUGGGACAUGGUGGCCGGCUUGCCGUCCCCGCUGCCCGCUGGGCGGAAGAUGGACAUCGACAACGCCGUGGUGGCCUUCGGCGACCGCCUGUGGUGGAUCGACGAGAGCUGGGGCGCCAUCUCCGUGGACCCCCUCAGCGACCGUCCGGAGCUCCGGUUCGUCGAGCUGCCAAGAAGCAGCGUUCUCCCCGACCUGGAUGGCCUGGUGUUGAAGACAUUGAUGAAGACAUUGGGCAGCCACCGGCGCAUGGGGGUCAGCGAGGGGAAGAUGCGCUACAUUGAGGUCUCCAUGGAGAAGCCGUAUGUGAUCAGCUUGUUCUCGCUGGACGACGGGGGCAGCUCCUGGACGCUGGACUAUGAGACGGCGUUUGCUCCAAUUUGGGAUGAUGCACUCCUCUGUUCGGCACCCUUGGAGCAAAUGCUGACAAUUGGCGCCAUCAACCCACUGAAAGCUAACAUCGUGUACCUUGCCUGCGGCGACAAAAUUCUAGGCGUCGAUAUGGUUACUAAGAAGAUAACUGGGAUUUCUGGUCUAGCUAUAGCUGUACCAGAUCUCCCCCUACUACCAUGUGUGCUCCCAACGUGGCUGGAAUCGAGCCAAAUUCCAUCUGCAGGUUGGAGCAAGAAAAACACCCGUAAAAGUGAGGUAUCGCCAAACACUGUCAAAAGGGAGAAUUUGCAUGUCGAAAUAGAACUGUUGAAAUGAAGUGCACCGGCUAAUCUUUCUUAUGGUUACUCCAAAUUGUCAGAUCAGAGUUAUUUUGGAGGUUUAGGAAACUAAUGGUGGUACUUUUCUGAAAUCUCAUUUUGGGGGGAAUUCCUUGAGAAGUUUGGGUAUAUUAGGAUUUGCUGAUGCACUUCCUCAAUCACAGUUCGGGCAAAAAACUGUGGCGAGAAGUUUGUCAUAUUUUGGCUUUACUUGUGCGCUGUUGAAUUCAGUACAAUGGUUGAUUCCUUCGCCAAUUCGACAUGUAACAGAAGUUAAUGAUAACAUGACGCAACGUGCCCUCUUAACUUCAAAUGAAUUAAUAUCUUUUGGAAGUUAGAAUUCUGGAUCAUUAUGCUAGACUGAUCUGGAAUCUGAAAUCUUGUUUUUAACUUGAGAAUGCUUACUUUGAACUGAAUGAAUGGGCGGGGCUUGUAAGCUUAAACCAAUGUGCUCUGGCAUUGUUAUGGAAUGAUGAUUGGAAUCUGGGGAUAAGCUUCA